AGCGGGCGGGCCGGCGCGCGCGCGCGCUCGGGGCUGCGGCAGCCAGGGCUCCGAUCAGUCAUCAGCCCCCCUUCUUGCCACCUGGCAAAUGUGGGGACCGGUCCGCAGCGGCUAGGCUCGUCCACUCUGCAACCCCUAUGGGCUACCGCCCCCCGCCGCCUCGGCUCCCACCCAGGACAAGGCAGAGGUAAGCAUAGGAUCACGUGGCCACUAUGUCUGGGGACUACGAAGAUGACCUCUGUCGGCGGGCCCUCAUCCUGGUCUCAGACCUCUGUGCACGGGUCCGAGAUGCUGAUACCAAUGACAGGUGUCAAGAGUUCAACGAACUGCGAAUCAGAGGAUAUCCCCGGGGUCCGGAUGCAGACAUUUCCGUGAGCCUGCUGUCAGUCAUCGUGACAUUCUGUGGCAUCGUACUCUUGGGUGUCUCUCUCUUCGUGUCCUGGAAGUUGUGUUGGGUGCCCUGGAGGGACAAAGGAGGCUCAGCAGUGGGUGGUGGCCCCCUGCGCAAAGACUUAGCCCCUGGGGUUGGGCUGGCAGGCCUGGUAGGAGGUGGUGGGCACCAUCUGGGAGCCAGCCUAGGUGGCCAUCCCCUGCUGGGUGGCCCACAUCAUCAUGCACACACAGCCCACCAUCCACCAUUUGCCGAGCUGCUGGAACCAGGUGGCCUUGGGGGCUCUGAGCCUCCAGAACCUUCCUACCUGGACAUGGACUCAUAUCCAGAGGCUGCUGUGGCCUCUGUGGUAGCUGCUGGGGUCAAACCAAGCCAGACAUCCCCUGAGCUGCCUUCUGAGGGUGGAACAGGCUCUGGACUGCUCCUGCUGCCUCCUAGUGGUGGGGGCUUACCCAGUGCCCAGUCCCAUCAGCAGGUCACAAGUUUAGCGCCCACCACCAGGUACCCAGCCCUGCCUCGGCCCCUCACCCAGCAGACCCUGACCACCCAAGCAGACCCGAGCAGUGAGGAGCGACCACCUGCACUCCCCUUACCCCUCCCGGGUGGAGAGGAAAAAGCCAAGCUCAUCGGUCAGAUCAAGCCAGAGCUGUACCAGGGCACCGGACCUGGUGGCCGGCGAGGCGGGGGCUCUGGGGAGGCAGGGGCACCCUGUGGCCGCAUCAGUUUUGCCCUCCGGUACCUCUAUGGUUCUGACCAGCUCGUGGUGCGGAUCCUACAGGCCCUGGACCUCCCAGCAAAGGACUCCAAUGGGUUCUCAGACCCCUAUGUCAAGAUCUACCUAUUGCCUGAUCGAAAAAAGAAGUUCCAGACCAAGGUGCACAGGAAGACAUUGAACCCCGUCUUCAACGAGACGUUUCAGUUCUCGGUGCCUCUGGCUGAGCUGGCGCAGCGCAAGCUCCACUUCAGCGUCUACGACUUCGACCGCUUCUCGCGGCAUGAUCUCAUCGGCCAGGUGGUUUUGGACAACCUGCUGGAGCUGGCUGAACAACCCCCUGACCGCCCACUCUGGAGGGACAUCCUGGAGGGUGGCUCGGAAAAGGCAGAUCUUGGGGAGCUCAACUUCUCACUCUGCUACCUCCCCACGGCUGGGCGCCUCACCGUGACUAUCAUCAAAGCCUCUAACCUCAAAGCAAUGGACCUCACCGGUUUCUCAGACCCCUAUGUGAAGGCCUCUCUGAUCAGUGAGGGGCGGCGUCUGAAGAAACGGAAGACUUCCAUUAAGAAGAACACGCUGAACCCCACAUACAACGAGGCCCUGGUGUUCGACGUGGCUCCCGAGAGUGUGGAGAAUGUGGGUCUCAGCAUCGCAGUGGUAGACUAUGACUGCAUCGGCCACAAUGAAGUGAUUGGGGUGUGCCGCGUGGGUCCAGAGGCUGCCGACCCACAUGGUAGAGAGCACUGGGCAGAGAUGCUGGCUAACCCUCGCAAGCCUGUGGAACACUGGCACCAGCUAGUGGAGGAGAAGACGCUGAGCAGCUUCACAAAGGGCGGCAAAGGAUUGUCAGAGAAAGAGAAUUCAGAGUGAGGGGCUGGUCGAGGCCUGGGAUUGAACCAGGUGCCCUCAGGACCCAUCCCUUCCUGCCCGGACUGUGAACUCAUCUCCUCGAAGCCAUAAUGUCCGAGCUGCUGGUGCGGGGCUGCCUGGACCUGCCCCUCCUUAUCCUGGAGGUGUGAGGCUAGGAGGCAGCAGGACCAGCUCCCUGUUUCAGGGUGGGAGGUCCUCGGCCUCCAUUGUCUGUCUUCUUAUCCCCAGAGUUCCCCCUAGAGGCAAGGGGCCAUGCAUGUCUGGGGACCCCUGCCCCACCCCUCUGUCUGUCUGUCUGUCCCGUUGCUGUUGUCUAAGUCUUGCUGUUCUGGCCUGUGUCCUCACUGUGAAUGUCGACAGAUCAAUCCUUGAUGUCCCCUGAACAGACACCCCCUCCAGCGUCCACCCCUUCUGUCCCUCCAUCUGCGUCUGGCCGAUUCCCUCUCCCCACUGCUGCUAUCAUCACCAGAAAUAAACACACUCUGUGGGUCUCA